CUUUUGUUUUGUGGGAUAAAAAAUGCCUAUUCUUGAGCUGCAUACCUCUCUGUCUCUUGUCUUUGCUGUUUUCAUUUUUCUUUUUUGUAAAACAAAUUUGCUCUUUUGAGGGUUUCGAGUUCUUUGGGUUUCCCAAAUUUCUCCACAAAGCUCGACCCUUUCCGUAUCUUCCUUCUCAUUUUCUGCCUCAUUUCUUUGAUUGAUUCGAUCCGUAUGUAUCCUAUGGAUUCUGAUUAUCAUCGUCGUGGUCUCGCGGCGAACGAUCGUUCACCAGCCCACUUUGUUAGGCUGGAUAAACCGAGAGCCGUAGACGACCUCUAUAUAGGCAAGAGAGAAAAGAUGCGUAGGUGGUUGUGCUGUGCUUGCCACGUUGAAGAACCUUACCAUUCUCCUGAAAAUGAACACCUCAGAAGCCCUAAACACAAUAAUGGUUAUGGGCAUCACAACAGAAAAACACCGGCUGCUGUGAAGCCUGAUGCUUUGAAGGAGCCUCCAUCUAUUGAUGUGCCUGCAUUGUCAUUGGAUGAGCUGAAAGAAAAGACUGAUAACUUUGGAUCAAAGGCAUUGAUUGGUGAAGGAUCAUACGGAAGAGCCUAUUAUGCAACCUUGAAAGAUGGGAAGGCUGUGGCCGUGAAGAAGCUUGAUAAUUCAGCUGAACCUGAAUCAAAUGUUGAGUUCUUGACUCAGGUCUCCAGGGUUUCCAAGCUGAAGCAUGAUAAUUUUGUUGAGCUCUUCGGUUAUUGUGUUGAAGGGAACUUCCGCAUUCUUGCAUAUGAGUUUGCCACAAUGGGAUCUUUACACGAUAUUUUACAUGGGAGAAAAGGUGUCCAAGGAGCACAACCUGGUCCAACACUUGAUUGGAUCCAACGAGUCAGAAUCGCAGUUGAUGCAGCUAGAGGACUUGAGUAUUUACAUGAGAAAGUUCAACCUGCCGUAAUACACAGAGAUAUUCGAUCUAGCAAUGUGCUUCUCUUUGAAGACUUUAAAGCCAAGAUCGCUGAUUUUAAUCUAUCAAAUCAAUCUCCUGAUAUGGCUGCUCGUCUUCAUUCUACCAGAGUUUUGGGAACCUUUGGUUACCACGCACCAGAGUAUGCGAUGACUGGUCAACUGACACAGAAGAGUGAUGUUUAUAGUUUUGGUGUAGUGCUUUUGGAGCUCUUGACUGGUAGAAAACCCGUCGAUCAUACGAUGCCUCGUGGUCAACAAAGUCUUGUCACUUGGGCUACUCCAAGGCUCAGCGAAGACAAAGUGAAGCAAUGUGUCGAUCCAAAACUGAAAGGAGAUUAUCCUCCUAAAGCUGUUGCCAAGCUCGCAGCAGUAGCAGCGUUGUGUGUGCAAUAUGAAUCAGAGUUUAGGCCGAACAUGAGCAUUGUGGUAAAAGCUCUUCAACCAUUGUUGAGGUCAUCAACGACAGCAGCUGUUCCAGUCCAGGAAACUUGAUUCAUUUGUGUAGUAACAAUGGAAGAUUGGUUUGUGUUUCAAUUGUUGUCAUACCAUAUAAUGUGUUCCAGAGUCUUUUUGUCUGAGGCUUUUCUUCAGUUGGGAUAUGUAUGUUUACUAAAGUGAUGAGUAGUAGUGAUUUGGUGUGUCUUUUCAAAUGUUUGGUGGAGUCUGCUUAUCUUACAAAAUUAUUCUUAUAUUGUAUCUGGUUUGAAUUUUUUGGGGUUUUUCUCCCUGUAUUCAAUAUAUUUUAUUUUCAUAA